UUGUGUUUUGGACUGAGGUUGCAGAAGCCUAGUAGUCACACAACAACAACAACAGUAGCAACAAAGCCACUGAGGCACUACUACUGCUAGGCUUCCUGGCCUAGCGCCUGUUGCCAUGACAACGGGGCCUAGCCGCCUCACUCUGGGCCUGGGACUGGAGUUACCUCCUCAUCCCCCUCGCGGCCUUAUCAAAAGAGCCCCCGGCCUUAGGCCAACAUUAACAAUAAUAAGCCAUAAGCCAAGGGCUUCUUUCUUGGCCCAGAGGGGCCUUCUCCUCCGCCUCUAGAGGCUCCUGGGGCAACCGAGGCUCCUAUGGCAACCGGCCUCCGCGUCCAAGCUCCAGUCUCGCCUCUCCUGCUUCUCUCCCCAAGAAGGCAUUAUGGCCAGCAGCCAUAGCAGCCUCCUCCUCGGCGGGAGAGGCGGGAUAAUGAUGAGGACUAGAGCGGAGCCUGGAGGGGAGCCAACGGCCGCUGCCACUGCUACUGCUUCUGCUGCUGGGGAGUGCGGGGGCCAGCUCUAUGCCGAGCACAAGGAAGGGGGGCAGCCCUGGAAGAAAUUUGUAUACGCUGAACCACCCAGGAGAGUUAAAGAGGUACUUGAAGAAGAACUUUAUUUCCGGAGGGAUGAGUGUAGAAUUAAACACCCUUCAGAAGUUGCUCUGGAAGGAAUUUGGAGCUUGAAAAGGAAUUUUCCUGUGGGAAGCUUCCAGCCAACAUCACAGAAUCAAAACAGCUUGCUGUCCCAGCCUAAGUACUACUCCAGGCAUGCAGCCAUAAGAAGAUAGCCUCUUUGAAAAGCUGUGCCUUCUCUGAUGAAACUGACAGAACCAAGGCAAGCCUAGUUAUUUUAGAACAUGUACAAUAGCUUGUAAAAUAAAUGUGAAACUGUUCAUCACA